UUCCUCUCUGAGUUCCGCCAUGGAGAAGUCUGGGAUUAGUGGGAAAGUGUGGAUUCUGUGUGUCUUGCUUUUUGUGUUGCUGGAUGUGGCUCUAGCCCAGAAUCAGAAAUGUCUGGUGAGCGAUAAUGACAAGGUGGUGUGUGGAGACCCAACCGUCACGAGAGCCGACUGUGAAGCAGGAAACUGUUGCUUUGAUCAGACAAGCCAGAGGCGCUGCUACUAUGGGAAUGAUGUGACUGUGCAGUGCACCAGGGAUGGUCAGUUUGUGGUUGUGGUGUCCAGGAAUGCCACCAGCCCUCCGCUGAGCCUGGACUCGGUCAGUCUGCUGGGGGGUGGCAGUGCAGCCUGUGGCCCUGUUGGCACCACUGCUGGCUUUGCCAUG